AUUGUCUUCCGAGUAGCAACCUCGCACUCUCAUCUAUCAGCUAUCAGACAACCAAUAAGAUCUCGAGACGUAAACAUAACGCUCGUAGCUCAUUAGCAAGCAAGGCCAGACUCAGCCAUGGACUGCCAAUAGCCAGCUCUCGCAAACAGAACGUCGAAUCCGCACUCACAGCAACCUCACACCGCGCUGUACAGCAUCGCCGGAAAUGUCUGUCAGCCGGUUCAACACCCCGACCAGAUCUAAAUCUCGGUCCGAGAUGAAUUUGAAGCUGGAAGAAACCCCUGCGAAGCCUAGUAGUAUUGUCAACAAUGAUAACGAUGACCACCCGUUAUUAUUGGAACUGGCGUCGUUACGGACCUCGUUGCGCAAGUUUCAGCACGUCUCGCAUUUGAGCUCUAUGCAGUUGCAGAGCAAGAUGAUGGAAUCGUUAUUGGUCAACGAACAGGCAGAGAGGUUGAAGAGGGAGUUGGAAGCCGCUAAAACCGAGCUGGAAGCGUUGCACAAGUCCACCCCGGAUCCAUUCCCCACACCUUCUUCUCAAGCCCUCUCCGAACUCACCUUGGCCCACCGCCGCCUUUCCAGCAAACUAGACCACACUCAGAACGCCUUUGAAGCUUCUCAAAAGGUGGUCGCUGUGAAAGAAGCCGAAGCGGCCACUUGGAAGAGAGAACGAGACGCUAUGGGGGUCUUGUUACAGGAAUGGAGGGAUCGGGUUAUACAGACUGAGAGGGAGAGGGAGGAGGAGAGGGUCAGGAGGGUGGGAGCAGAGGAGGAAUUGAGGGUCUUGAGGGGUGUCUCCUCGGGGGGUCAGCUUGAAGUGUCAACAGGGGGCUUGGCCGUUCAGCCUGCUACUCAACCAGAAGGACACCAGAUACGGCCUUCAGAACCAACAUCCGACGUCAACGUACAACAGACCGGGUCUCUUCCACCAACAAGCUCUUCAGCUCCGAGUCACAGCCCAGCCGAACUCCAAGGCCUGAAACGACUCACAGCCGACUUUACCACCUCCCUUGGAGCUUGUCACGAAAAGAUCGCCCACCUGGAGACGCUCACAGACGAGCUCAAGGCGUCCAAGGAUAUCGCCGUACAAGAGGCAGACGAGGCUCGGAGUCUGUAUGCGAAAGUUCAGGGGGAGAUCGAGGUGAUAAGGGCUGAGGACUUUGGGGCUGGCAAGGUCGUCGAGCGGUAUAUGGCCUUCACGCAGAAGAUGACGCAACAACUUCAUACUCACAUGCAGACAGCCAACAACCGCCUUUCGCUUACCGUGACCAACCUCCGCUCCCAGCUCUUCGCGACCCAAACCUUGCUCUCCCGGGAAGAAUCCCGGUCUAAACAGUUACGUGCUGCCAUCGACGAGCUGGCCGAGGGUUACGAGAGGGAGACGUUUGGACGGAGGCGCGAAGUGGGACUGAGGAUGAAGGCUCUGGAAAGGGAGGAACGGCGGGACGAACAGGGUCGACGUUGGGUCGAUCGAGUUCGACGCGAACGGACCAGGCUUGACGUGUCCAGCGGGUCGAAUAGUAAUGGCUACAGCAACAACAAGUUGGGAGCUAGUCCGUCCCGACGGACGACCCGGUUGAAUAGUUUCGGAGGUGGGGCGAAUGCGGGAUCAGCAUCGUCUACGAGCUUGUCGUCCAUGUUGGGUGCUCCUGCACCGCACGACUAUGCUCACGGCGAACAACUAUCGCUCCUCUGGGACCUGCUCGAAUCGGGUUUACAGCUGUUUAAGGAUAGCACCGAGGAUUUGGUCGAUCGCGUUUCGCCGGGUUUGGCAGCAACUACCGACGGAGAUCUCGUAGAAAGCCCGAUCGACGGGCGGAACCUCGGAAUGGAUAGUAGUCUAGGUCGGAUCUUGCUCGCUCAAGAGAUCGUCACGGGGUUGACGGCGGACCUGGAGAGGGAGGUCAAGCGAAAUGUCGAGUUGGAAAGGGAGAGGUUGGGUUUCUUGUCCAGCAAAUGGGAUGAGCCGGUGACUGCGGAGCCGGAUGAGCAGUCCAAGUCGGGCAUGAGUGAACAAGCGACGGUCUCGGUAACGGAGGUAAACCCCCUUCCUGCGGUUGAAACGCCGUCAGAAGUGGCAACAAUAGCCGGUAUUGGGCACAACGAGGAUCCAGAAGACGGAACGAAACCGGCUGCGACAAAUGGCGAACCAGAUGAAUUCUUCGACUCGAUCGAGGAGGAUCCCCUCAGACCACCUCCCACCCUGACGUCGAGCGACCCCACACCCACAAUCUCCCCCGAGGUUGAAUCCUUGAUCAACCGGUUACGCACCCGGAACCCGUCCUACCGCUCCACCCAGAAAGCUCUGCACGACUGUGCCCUAUCCCUUACAAACCUCCGAGGUACUCGACAACAACUCCCAGCGGAAUACCAGGCCGCCCUCCAGAUUUUGCUCGACGGAAUUCAUGAUGUGAUAGAAGACGUCCGGGUGGAAGUGGAGAUCGCCAUCGCCGACGACGAUCGGUCUGCCAAGGGCCAUCAGACCGUUCUCUCGCUGCAAGGUAACGACGAGAACGACGGCAUACGAAUACAGGUCAGCAAGGCCGCGGAGGCAUUACUCGAUCCGGAAAGGACGAGGUCGAGGGAAGGGAACUUUGAUAGGAGGUUGGGGGACGUCGAGCAUGAUCUGGUCGAGAUCAAGAUGGCCAUCCUCGACGUUCAGUCCAGAGAGGCUCUGAGUCUAGGUCCUCAUGAAGGAGACCUGCUGAACCCUCAUCCGCUGGAUGCUAAGCGGGAAGAGACCCUUGACCCGUUUACCAAUCUGAAUCUCAAGACCGUCAACGUUCGGACACCCAACGCUAUUAGCGUUCCCAUGAACGUCACCCGACCCGCCGUUUCGCCCGGUCUGACGGACCGACCUGGGCUGGGUAACAACAUGAAACGAGGGUUCUUCCCCGCGCUCAGUCGGACGUUUUCGGGUACGACGCCCGUGGUGCCGCUUUCACGGGCCGUGAGCUCGAGUAAUAUUCACGUCAACGGGAAUGGUAAUGUCGGCACGAAUGGGGUUAGGAAUGGGCGCGAUGAAGGGCUGGCGAUCAAUGGGCAUUCUAAUCACGAAACGGGGGCCGAUGCGAGCGUGGGAAUGGAUGACGCUGAUGAUGGGGACGUAGAAUAGAUGCAGGUGACCGACGAGGAUGUACAGA